GCUUAAUAGCUAGAAAACAGGCCAGACAGUGCACAUUUGCUAGAUAGUUUGUAAUCUUAGUGUUGCAUAUUGUCAAACAAUAAAAAUAAAAAACAGGGACACAACUUUGUAUUGUAAUGACCAAUGCAUUAACUAUUCGCUUAGCUUCAAGCCAAGAAAAUAAUGUACUGCUUCAAGCCAAUAUUUUUUUACUGCUUACUGGGUUAUCUGCCAUCAUUGCCACCUCAUUAGUAUCAGCCUUGUUCUGCUCCCCUUUGAGGGGUCCUGGAAGUCAGUUGUAAUGAGAGGGGGGCAGCCAUAACCAUUUAUGGACACAUUAAGAAAUAUAUUAGACAGAUGGAGAGUAUUGGCAAUUGUUUAGGACUUAAAAUAAAAUGUUAUUUGUGACAUGCUUUGUAAACAACAGGUGUAGACUAACAGUGAAAUAGUUACUUACUGGCCAGUCCCAAUAAUACAAAGAGAAAAAUAAAUACACAAUGAUUAAAGAUAACUUGGCUAUAUAAAGUACCGAUUCAAUGUUUGAGGUAAUUGAGGUAGAUACAGUGCAUUCGGAAAGUAUUCAGACCCCUUGAUUUUCCCCCCACAUUGUUACGUUACAGCCUUAUUCUAAAAUGGAUUAAAUAAAUAAAUCCUUAGUCUACACAACACCUUUUGCAGCGAUUACAGCCUCGAGUCUUCUUGGGUAUGACGCUACAAGUUUGGCACACCUGUAUUUGGAGUUUCUCCCAUUAUUCUCUACAGAUCUUCAGGUUGGAUGGGCAACAUCGCUGCACAGCUUUUUUUGUGAUCAGGGUCAAGUCUGGGCUCUGGGUAGGUCACUAAAUCAAAUCAAAUGUUAUUUGUCACAUACACAUGGUUAGCAGAUGUUAGUGCGAGUGUAGCGAAAUGCUUGUGCUUCUAGUUCCGACAGUGCAGUAAUAGCCAACAGGUAAUCUAGCUAACAAUUCCAAAACUACUACCUUAUAGACACAAGUGUAAGGGGAUAAAGAAUAUGUACAUAAAGAUAUAUGAAUGAGUGAUGGUACAGAGCGGCAUAGGCAAGAUACAGUAGAUGGUAUUGAGUGCAGUAUAUACAUAUGAGAUGAGUAUGUAAACAAAGUGGCAUAGUUAAAAUGGCUAGUGAUACAUGUAUUACAUGAGGAUGCAGUAGAUGAUAUAGAGUACAGUAUAUACGUAUAUAUAUGAGAUGAAUAAUGUAGGGAACAUUAUAUUAGGUAGCAUUGUUUAGUGGCUAGUGAUAUAUUUUACAUAAUUUCCCAUCAAUUCCCAUUAUUAAAGUGGCUGGAGUUGAGUCAGUCUGUUGGCAGCAGCCACUCAAUGUUAGUGGUGGCUGUUUAACAGUCUGAUGGCCUUGAGAUAGAAGCUGUUUUUCAGUCUCUCGGUCCCAGCUUUGAAGCACCUGUACUGACCUCGCCUUCUGGAUGAUAGCGGGGUGAACAGGCAGUGGCUCGGGUGGUUGCUGUCCUUGAUGAUCUUUAUGGCCUUCCUGUGACAUCGGGUGAUGUAGAUGUCCUGGAGGGCAGGUAGUUUGCCCCCGGUGAUGCGUUGUGCAGACCUCACUACCCUCUGGAGAGCCUUACGGUUGUGGGCGGAGCAGUUGCCGUACCAGGCGGUGAUACAGCCCGACAGGAUGCUCUCGAUUGUGCAUCUGUAGAAGUUUGUGAGUGCUUUUGGUGAUAAGCCGAAUUUCUUCAGCCUCCUGAGGUUGAAGAGGCGCUGCUGCGCCUUCUUCACGAUGCUGUCUGUGUGGGUGGACCAAUUCAGUUUGUCUGUGAUGUGUACGCCGAGGAACUUAAAACUUACUACCCUCUCCACUACUGUUCCAUCGAUGUGGAUAGGGUGGUGUUCCCUCUGCUGUUUCCUGAAGUCCACAAUCAUCUCCUUAGUUUUGUUGACGUUGAGUGUGAGGUUAUUUUCCUGACACCAUGCUCCGAGGGUCCUCACCACCUCCCUGUAGGCCGCCUCGUCGUUGUUGGUAAUCAAGCCUACCACUGUUGUGUUGUCCGCAAACUUGAUGAUUGAGUUGGAGGCGUGCGUGGCCACGCAGUCGUGGGUGAACAGGGAGUACAGGAGAGGGCUCAGAACGCACCCUUGUGGGGCCCCGGUGUUGAGGAUCAGCGGGGUGGAGAUGUUGUUGCCUACCCUCACCACCUGGGGGCGGCCCGUCAGGAAGUCCAGUACCCAGUUGCACAGGGCGGGGUCGAGACCCAGGGUCUCGAGCUUGAUGACGAGCUUGGAGGGUACUAUGGUGUUGAAUGCCGAGCUGUAGUCGAUGAACAGCAUUCUCACAUAGGUAUUCCUCUUGUCCAGAUGGGUUAGGGCAGUGUGUAUGUGUGGAUAGAAAACACUCAGACGUUUAUAAAACUGGUUAAAUCACUGCUGUGACUAUAACAGAACGUGCGUUUCAACGAAAAGUGCAGGAAAAUCUGAUCACUGAAAAUGGAAAUAAAUAUCCAUGCGCCACUUCCAGGAAUUGUUAAAGGUGAACCGAAAUAAAUGAGGCCGAGGUUGCAGUACCUACAGCUUCCACACGAUGUCUAGAGUCUUGUCAUUUGCUUCGGCUUUGAUUCUUGGUCAAACCGAAUCAAGGGAACCGAUUCCCUCCGGUCUCCGACCGGAUGUUUUGGUUGAGAUUUCUCCUGACAUUUUUUCCAGACGGACACCUAUAGAAUUUACAUCGCCUCCUGAUGAAUUUUAUUGCUUAUUAACGUGUACUAAUACCUAAAGUUGCAUUACAAAAGUAUUUCGAAGUGUUUUGUGAAAGUUUAUCGUCGACUUUUUUAAUUUUAAAAAAUGACGUUACGUUAUGAAACACUAUUUUUUUUAGUUUAUCACAGUCUUCAUAGAUCGAUAUCUAGGCUAUAUAUGGACCGAUUUAAUCGAAAAAAAGACCCAAUAGUGAUUAUGGGACAUCUAGGAGUGCCAACAAAGAAGAGUGUCAAAGGCGUUGCAGAUGGAGUGGGGGGUUGGAGAGACUACGGGGUGGACCCAUCCCAGUUUUCAGGGACCCUGAUGAAGACGUGUGAGCGGCUGGUAAAGGAGGGACGCUUUGUUCCAGGCAACCCUGUGGGCGUCCUCACAAGCAGCUACUACGAGCUCCUACAGAACAAAGUGCCUCUGCUAGGCAGCAGCACGGCCUGUAUCGUGGUGCUGGACCGGCAGAGUCACAGGCUGCACACAGCCAACCUGGGAGACUCUGGCUUCCUGGUGGUGCGGGGAGGAGAGGUAGUGCACCGCUCCGAUGAACAGCAGCAUUACUUCAACACCCCAUUCCAGCUCUCUAUCGCCCCGCCUGAGGCAGAGGGGGCUGUCCUCAGUGACAGUCCUGAUGCUGCAGACAGCUCCUCCUUUGACGUCCAGUUGGGGGACAUCAUUCUCACAGCCACAGAUGGCCUCUUUGACAACAUGCCCGAACACAUGAUCCUACAGGAGUUGAAAAAACUGAAGAACACUAACUAUGAGAGUAUCCAGCAGACAGCCAGGAGCAUUGCAGAGCAGGCCCAUGUUCUGGCAUACAACCCCAACUACAUGUCACCUUUUGCACAGUUUGCCUGUGACAAUGGACUGAAUGUAAGAGGAGGAAAGCCAGAUGACAUCACUGUGUUGCUGUCAAUAGUGGCAGAGUACCCAAACUAGAGAUUGUAUGGAGGCUAGUAUUGUCUGCCUCUUGAAGAUGUCAGACUGCUUUGGUUCCUGCUGGCGGGGAUUAAGGACUGAUGUUGGUGGCUGAGCUGCCCUCCUGAGACCAUCAUUCCUCCAGGAUUCAAUCAGGCCCAUCUCUCAGAUGGAACACUGACAAUACAUGCACUGACUUCACCAUCAGAACUGAGUGUUAAUCUUUAAUAGACUGAAGACAUGGAUGAAUAAAGCAGAGGGUUGUCUGACACAUCUGCUAGGCUACCUGCUGCAAAGUAUCGAUCUUGGAAAGUCUCUAGUUGUCUUUGACCUAAUCCCUGGGAUAUUUAUCAAUGGGAUAAAGGAUGUAGUCGUGUUGAAGAUGAAGCUCUGGCUCUCACAUGAGGAACAAGUCUGUUAUUUUGGGAUUUGGGCUGUAAAACAAAGCCCAAAAGGUAGAGAUUAAGAAUCUGGGUCAGUAGUAGCCAGUCAAAAGUUGAUUGGGUCAGGAAUGAAAAUCUAUGGAUUGUACAUGUGAGUGUUCCAUCAUGAGCUGAGCUGAUUUGAAGACCGUAAGUAACAUCAGAAUACGAUACUGAAAGAGAGCGGCUCUCCAGUUAGACUAGUCCAUGACUCGCUGACCCCUGUCCCGGUCAGAGGAAUAAGGCAACCUCAGAGUUAUCUACAAAAGAGAACUUUAGUUCAAGAGGACAUAUGAGAUGGAUGUGGUUCUGUACAGAGAUGAGAGAUUAAUGAAUAUACUGUACAUGAUAAACAUUGCAUGAGAAUAAAAGGAGUAAUGGCACAAGCAAUAAUAAUAUUGACUGUAUAAGGAGAUGGUGACAUAAGCAAAGGACUUGUAUAACACAGUAUCCACUAUAACAACAAGCAAUGGUAACAAACAGUAAAUCUUUAAGGUUCAAUAUCAUCACUCACCACUGUCCACACACUCAUCACUCUUGUCCACUUGGAGAGAGACUGAGGAGGCUCUGACCUGAGCAGGCAGGACUGUCAGGUGUCCUGCCCUCUAGCAACAUAUUGGUGAUCUAGUAGCAGAGGGCACUGGGUUUGGGGAUCCCUUAGUCUCUCUGGCACCAGCAGGGAUUGGUAGAGUGAGCUGCAUAAAUUUAGAAAACUCACAGGCAGGAGAAUCCUUAAGAUCUACCAUCAAGUCUGAAUAAUAAGGCCUCAAAAAACAACUUUCAGUGACUCAGAUUAAACAAAUCAAAUUAAUAAUAAAUUAUAUUGAAGGGCAAACAUUUUUAUGUAGGCAUAAGGGCAUGUGUCUAUGUGAUGUGAAUGAAUGUUGUUGAAAUGUUUUGGUAUAUUUUUGGACAAGUGACAUUUUAAGUUGUUUGACUGAUCUAAUGGAUUGUAUGAAGACCAGGUGCCGUUGCUGCAUAUCAGUUUCUGACUGUUCACUGUCCCAGGCCUGCUGUUUUCAACUCUUUUUCUCUCACUCUCAACCUCAAUGCUCUGCUAUGAAAAGCCAACUGAUAUUUACUCACAAGGUGUUAUACUGUUGCACCCUCUAUAACCACUUUGGUUAUGACUCUGCUGGUCAUCUAUGACCGUUUUAAACCUCUUUAAGAACGAUCUGGCCUUAAUGGCCAUGUACUGUUAUAAUCGCCACCCGGCAGAGCCUGGUUCCUCUAGGUGAUUCCAGCCUUUCUCAAGUUUUUCCUAGCCCCUGUGCUUCUACAUCUGCAUUGCUUGCUCUUUGGGGUUUUAGGCUGGGAAUCUGUAUAGUACUUUGACGACUGCUCUUGCCAAAUGGGCUUUAUAAAAUACAUUUGAGUGCAAUUUGGGUUGUACAUGGACCAAGUUAAUUGUUUCUAAGGAUGGGACAUUUUGACUUGAUGUUUCUGUUAAACCUAUCCAUUUUUAUUUGUCACAUACACAUGGUUAGCGGAUGUUAAUGCGAGUGUAGCGAAAUCGUUGUGCAGUUUCCUAGGAACGCGAAGCCAGGCGGCCAUCUCUGUCUGCGCCGGAAGUACUCACUCCUGCUGUGAUGCAAAGGGUGUGACUGCAAGUGAUGUGGAAGGUUAUUGUGUGAUAGAGUAACCUCUAGCCUGUCUGAUUUUAUAUUGUAUACAUGUGGAAUGUUUUAUUUUUAUUUCAUCUAGGGUACACAGCUUUCUUCAGUAUCCACUGGGAUGCAGUGGUAAUGGUAAUGACCAUUUACGCACAAGGUUAAAGAAAGCAUAUCUGAAAACUCACAGUGGAUGUUGGUCAGGUGACCAUGUUUUUAAAAACUUAUUUGGUGGGAAUCUGGACUGUGCACAGCUUCAAUUUAGCUUUAGGCAUAAUUGCUCACAAUCAGCAUUUCCUUGUCUCAUCAGUUGUCCCUGCUGUAAAGCUCCAAUAGGACAUUUCAUUAAGUGAUAAUAAUCAGGUCACUUAUUUCAUCUUUUAAUUGCAGGUUUUCAUUGUUGCUGCAGAUAAAUGCACUGUGCAUUUACAACAUUACUUGUGUGCAGCAACAUUUAAAGAGUAACAUGUACUAAGCACAUGUUGAUUUAAACCGCUAAUGAACACAGAGCAGAAACUGACAAGUAGCCAUAUGAUUCACACUUUCCCCAUCAUGCCCUGCUGUCUUAAUUCAUUUACGCCAUCUGAUCGGAGACCUCUCAUUCCCUUUCAAUGUGUUCAAUGCUUUUCACCAUGGGACAUAUGUGAAUGAACAAGCUAUUUUUAAGGCUUGAAAAAGUAUGACAUGAUCUUAGAAUCCUUCAUAUUCUGUGUAUCAUCUGAGGUACCCUUGGUGGUGUUGAUGUAAUGGUGCACCCUCACUGAAGACUACUGUCCUGCUUCAAGGGCUCUCCCCUAACUAGGAAAAAAAUAUUGAUUCUGGUACAGACUGGCUAUCAGGUAUUUCAUCAUUAACAAUACCCUGCAUGCCUUUCAUAUUGCGCAGGGAGAUGAAAGGCAUCUGCACUGGAUGACAAAUGUUUUUGUAAGCUAGAGGUUGACUAUAACCUCACCAACCUUAAAGUACAAGCAAUUCUCCCUGUCAGAUGGCACUAUAUCAAAGCUAGCUUCCCCAUGAUGUCCAUGUCCGGGUCUCCACUGGCCUAGUGACCUGACCAGACAGUUUUGUUCUGUUGGCCAAUUCUAGACUUCAGUUCAAAAAGCAAAGUUUGUUACAAUGAGAGCUGCUUGUAUCUUUAUUUUGAUUGUACAGUUCAAUGCAGAGGCAAGUUCUAUUAAACAUGUUUUCAAAGCUGUCAUAUUUAAAUAAAGAGUAUAGUAUUUAUUA